UGCAUGGAUAGCCACACGCUGCAAGACCACCGGAAACUCUAGGCUCUCCUUUUUGGGUAGUUUCUAGAACAGUCGUAUGAAGAAACAGCCCCUUUUCGUUCUCCGUUGUUUCCUUCCUUCCCUUUAUUCCCAUCCAGCACAUCGACGGAGAAACGAUGGUGGCCCUUCACCUGGCCGCCCCUCCUAGCGCCUCUUUCAUUUGCCGCCCUUUCUCCUCCUCCCGUCUUCUCCCUUGCGCUUCCAGAGUCCUCCUCCCAUCCCCAACCCAUCGCAGAAGCACCACCAUUGUGGCCAUGAAUUGGCUGGGCAGAAUUGGGCUGGGGAGCCCCAGGGCCUCCGCCGCUUCGGCGGAGGCCUCCUCGGCGAUCGCCCAGGGCCCCGACGACGACAUUCCGAGGAAGGGGCAGCAGUUCGCUCAGUUUGGCGCUGGCUGCUUCUGGGGAGUCGAGCUCGCCUUCCAGAGGGUCUCCGGCGUCACGGCCACGGAGGUCGGCUACACCCAGGGCACUACCCAUAACCCGACCUACAACGACAUCUGCUCCGGAAUGACCAACCACUCGGAGGUCGUCCGUGUUCAGUAUGACCCUAAGGAAUGCACUUACGACACGUUGCUCGACGUCUUCUGGGCUCGCCACGAUCCCACCACCCUCAAUCGCCAGGGCAAUGAUGUGGGAACACAGUACCGGUCUGGAAUAUACUACUAUACGCCAGAGCAGGAGAAAGCAGCUCGUGAGUCGAUGGAGCGGCAGCAGAAAAUCUUGAACAGAAAUAUUGUUACCGAGAUCCUGCCAGCGAAAAAAUUCUACAGGGCAGAGGAGUACCACCAGCAGUACCUUGCUAAAGGUGGCCGUUUUGGUUUCAGGCAGUCUGCAGAGAAGGGCUGCAAUGACCCCAUCCGUUGCUACGGCUGAGUGACAAUUUGUUCACCCAAUCUCUUUGUAUCUGCUACGGCUGUAGAUCAAUGAGUUAUCCUUUUUAUGUAGUUUGGCUUGUAAUGUGCAUUACUGUUUUAUAAGAUGCAUUGGGGUGUACAGAAAAUAAAUCAUCUGCAGGAUUUAGCUU